GAGAGUUACCUGACAACCCAAAAAAAAACAAAUGAAAAUCAGUUUCUCUUUCACCAUAUAACUGAAAUUAGAUAUACUGUAUAAAUACACCCACUAACUUAUUACGCAAACAAGUAUUAGCCAUAAGUCGUAAGUGUGUGAGAGGAUUUGAGAGGUAUUAUUAAUGAUGCUUAUAAGCAACGUUGUUAAGGUACCUUCUCUCUCUCUCUACACGUUGAAGCUGGCACCUCAUACUAGGAAUUAAUUUGCACGUGCUGUUGGAGGAAAAUCCAGUCGUUCGCCAACACUCGUGGGGAGUAUUUGUCGGGGCGUCGUUGGCAUUCGAAAUCGUGUUGAAGACAUGUUGGAGAUGCGUGUGUUGGCGAUGUUGGUGGCUGUUGGAGCGGCGAGCCUCUCCAUCGCCGGGACUGUCCCCACCGGAAGCAAUAUCUUCCACGAGGAUGUGUUUUACAAGCCCGGAAAAUGCCCCAACACCACAGGAGUCAUGAGCCGCUGCAUGCUCACCGAUGAAAACUGUUUCUCUGACGACGACUGUUUCGGGAGACUCAAGUGCUGCCCUUACGGAUGCAAUCGAGAGUGCUUGGAUCCGGAGCCCGAGGACCUGUGCCCAUACGAGUGCAACAGCGCCUACAUCCCCGUGUGUGGCAACGACGGCCAGACAUACGCCAACCUGUGCAGGAUGAUGCGUGCAACAUGCAGGAACCCCUAUCUGAAGAUGCACGAGGAGGGACUUUGCAAGGGUAGCUUGAAGGAAAAUAGGGGCGUGUUUAUAUAAUGAUAGAUGAUGUUUCGUGUGUGUUUUUUUUUUUUUUUUUUUUUUUUUUGAGGGUAGGGGGAUUGUUGUGAUAAAUUCGUCUUGUCAUUGUUGUUUUUGUUUUUGUUUUUUUGUUAUAUUUCUUUCAGUAAAGGUUCAGUUCAUUUUGUUAUUUGUUUGUGUUGCUCGUAUUGUUUUGUUUGGUUUUUGGAAAGGAAAUUGUAAAUCAACUGUUUGUUUUUCCCUAGAUUUUCUUGUUUUAAUAAAAGUGUCUGCAUUUGCAUAACGGUUCGUAAUUUAUCUUUCAUGGCUUUGGUUUGAGGUAAUAAAUUCCAUUACAUAAUAUUAUCAUGAGCGCAUUUGUUUAAUAAAGAAAGAACGAAA